AUGCUCUUCUCACUGCGGGAGCUGGUACAGUGGCUGGGCUUCGCCACCUUUGAGAUCUUCGUGCACCUGCUGGCCCUUUUGGUGUUCUCCGUGCUGCUGGCACUGCGCGUAGACGGCCUGGCCCCAGGCCUUUCCUGGUGGAAUGUGUUCGUGCCCUUCUUCGCCGCCGACGGGCUCAGCACCUACUUCACCACCAUCGUGUCUGUGCGCCUCUUCCAAGACGGGGAGAAGCGGCUGGCUGUGCUGCGUCUCUUCUGGGUGCUCACUGUUCUUAGCCUCAAGUUCGUCUUUGAGAUGCUGCUGUGCCAGAAGCUGGUAGAGCAGACUCGAGAACUCUGGUUUGGCCUGAUCACAUCUCCAGUCUUCAUUCUCCUGCAGUUGCUCAUGAUCCGUGCCUGUCGCGUCAACUAGCUUUGGGCGGGGGCCAGAGAGCUCGCACUGUACAGCUAGAGUGCUGGUCCUGGACCUGCGGCCCUGCUUGAGCCAUAUGGAGGAGAGGUUUUGGUCUGAAGGCAGCGCCUGCUUGUGUCCGGCUGAGUAUCCAGUUUUCCUAUGCCAGUCGUCUGAGAUUUUUCAUCAGGACUAAACAGAGCAGCCUUGAUUCCUGAAAUAUUUCCUGUUAUUCAUGCUUUGAGUAGUUAAUCCUGAACUGAGAUCUUGGGAAGAGUCCCAGGCCAUUUGGAAACUGCUUUGGAAAUUGAAUGUGUUGGGCUUUGAGCAUUUUCUGUGGAUCCCUUACAAAAGUAGCAAAGCUGGUCUUCGGAAUUUUGUCCAAUCAGCAGCAGUAACCUAAGAGCUCAUUGCUCCAUCUAUCUGAACUAUAUAUAGCUCCUUAGAUGGUUGAGCUCUGCAAUGCUUCUAUCUUCUCCCCUGUGUUAUGGGAGAAAAUAGCCCUUUCUUCCUCUAAGGCAAAGACAGGAAAGUGUUAAAUAAGAGAAUGAAUGGGAUCCUGUCUGGAUAUCUGCCACCUGAGAAGAGAACUCAACUGUCAAGGCAUUGCUUAGCAUUCUGUUGUGCCAGAUUACAGUUUCAUGGACUUUUCCACCACCUUGUGGCCAGCACCAUUAGCACAACUGAGACAGAUUUAGGACUCCUCAGGGUAUCAAAGAUAACAACAGGUGUUCCAAUGGUGGAUAUGGAGAACUGCAGAUGGGAGCUUGUGAGUGGCCCAGGUUUGUUGGCCUGAGGUCUUUGGUUUGAUGUGUCAGGUGCCAAAUGAGAACAUUUGCUAAGAUGAAAAUAAAAUAAGAGAAUGUUUUCUUGAAA